GUUCCUUCCUUGCCUCCUGUGGUGGACUGCUCGUUGUUCCCGAGCAUGAAGCUCACAGUAAGGCAAAAAUUGGAUGAAUUUAUAGAAUUAAUUUUCGACAAUCUUGGUGAGUUUCCCAAUCUCAUUGGUGCAUUUAGGUCGAGUGUAUUUGGGAAAUACAUUGAUGUUGAGUUCAUCCCUGUUCCAUUACAUUUGUGGUCAAUCGUGUCUAGAUUAGCCAAAAUUGAUAUUGAAUCGGAGGCAUGGUUUGUCGUGAAGGGAGUUCCAGUACGCUACUCUCUCACAGAAUUUUCUCUAAUCAGCGGGCUUACCUGCAGCGCCCUUGCUAGCAAUUAUGAAGAUGAUUUUGAUAAUGAUUCAAAGGCCAGAUUCAUUGAGAAGAAUUUUGAUCAAGAUUUUGAGGGAGUUGUUAGCUAUGAAACAGUUGUAGCUAGAUUUGUACAAUUGUGCACAACUUUGAAGGACCCUGAAGCUGAGGACGAACUGAAAAAGGAUGCUGAAGUAGAAGUGAUCAGAGUAGCAAUACUCAUGUUUGUAGUGAUGGUCCUUCUAGCUCCUUCUAAGAGAAAAGCUCCCAUUCCUGAAUGGAUAAUUGGGAAAAUAGGGGGAAAAGAAGAAAACGAGUUCCCAUGGGGUACGUGGGCGUAUAAGGGCUCAUUAGAUGCAUUGAAACAUAUGGACUUGGAGAAAAAACUAGAUGAAAUAAUUGCUAAAAAUAAGUCAGCAACAAUGAAUUUCCCUGGAUUCUUAAUCCCAAUUUCGGUAAGGACCUUUGUUAAUAUCAUUUGCAGAUUCUAUUUUGCAUACUGUAAUAACAAUUUGUCUAGCAUUUCUUGACUUUUUCAAAUUUUGUUUUAAUAGAUAUUGCUUUUUGAAUGCGCCCCUGAUUUUGCCGAGAAGUUUGCAAUGAGACUCCCUAAUUGCGUGCCUACUUUGCCGAGGUUACGUCUCUAUCGUCCAAAUACGACAAAAAGGAUCAGCACUGAACAGGUUCAAGUGGCUGAAGAAUCAAUAAAGAGGGUGCAGAGUAUUCUACUACCUGAUGAUUUGGAGAAAACUACUGAUUGGGUCAGAAGUUUGGAUCCUGUACAAGACAGUCACCCACAUGUUGAGCUGGAUGGAUUUGUGAAAUCAUUAGAGAGAAAAUUGGUUCUUUUUCCAGUCUCUUUGAAAAGAAAAUCAUGUGAGGUCAAGAGUCCUAAAGAGGAGAAGAAGCCUCCUAAAAAGAUGAAGUUGCUGAGCAUGAAGAAAGAAGAAGGUGUAGUGGAG